AUGGGGCAGAACUACUAUCCCCCUAAUGGACUUCCAAUUGGUGCUGAACUCACAGUUCCUUUGUUAUGUGCUUGUCCAACAGAAAAUCAAACUUCAACAGGUGUCACUUCCUUAUUGGUUGAUUUGAUCAACUAUGGUGACACCUUGAAGUCCAUAGGAGAAUCUUAUGGUGUUGGUGAACAAAGUAUGUUAGAGGCUAAUAAGCCACAAAGUAAAAAUAGUAGCAGCUUCACCCUCUUGGCCUUGACUCCUAUCUUGGUUCCUCUAAGAGGAAAGAGUUGCAAAGAGGAUCCAAAUAGUUUCUAUUGUAACUGUUCUAAGGAAUUCCUUGUUGAUGGAAGCUUAAAGGGGAUUUAUUGUGAUGAGUCUGAUGGUCAAAAAUUCCCUGCCAAAUUGGUUGUUUGCAUUGGUGUUGGCAUUGGUGUAGGCUUUCUCUGUUUGUUUCUCUUGGGUUAUAAACUAUACCAAUACAUACAGAAAAAGAGAGAAAGGAUUCACAAGGAAAAGCUAUUCAAACAGAAUGGUGGCUACUUGUUACAAGAGAAAGUGUCAUCAUCACAUGGAAAUGGAUCCCAAAAGGUAAUAAUGAAGCUUUUCACAGCUGAGGAACUUCAAAGAGCAACAGCUAACUACAACUGGAGCAGGUUUCUUGGUCAAGGUGGAUAUGGAAAAGUCUACAAAGGAAUGCUACCUGAUGGAACCAUAGUAGCUGUUAAGAGAUGUAAGGAGAUUGAGAGGAACCAGAUUGAGACUUUUGUCAAUGAAGUUGUCAUUUUAUCACAGAUUAAUCACAGGAACAUUGUGAAGCUCUUGGGGUGCUGUCUUGAGACAGAAGCACCACUACUAGUCUAUGAGUUCAUUCCAAAUGGAACACUUGCACAACAUAUUCAUAGCAAACACCAUGAAUCAUCUUCACCACUUUCAUGGGAUAGCCGGCUUCGAAUCGCAUGCGAGGUAGCCGGAACAGUGGCCUAUAUGCAUUCUUCAGCUUCAAUUCCCAUCUUCCAUAGAGAUAUCAAACCUACUAACAUACUCUUAGAUAGUAACUAUAGUGCAAAAGUGUCUGAUUUUGGAACAUCAAGAUCAUUGCCACAAGACAAGACUCACUUGACAACACAAAUAGGAGGAACUUUCCGAUACAUCGACCCUGAAUAUUUCCAAUCUAGUCAAUUUUCGGAUAAGAGUGACAUGUAUAGUUUUGGAGUUGUGCUUGUUGAAAUCAUAACUGGGAAGAAGCCGAUUUCAUUUAUAGAAGAAGAUGAGGGUCAGAAUUUGAUUGCUGAAUUCAUUUCUGUUAUGAAGGAGAACAAAGUUUGUGAUAUCUUGGAUCCCAAGGUAUUGAAGGAAGCUAAGAAGGAUGAGAUUGUUGCAAUUCAAAUCUUGCAAUGA